AUGUAUUGUAGGAAAGGAAGUCUCGUUGACUCUAUGACACGAAUGAUGGAAGAGUACGCGAACAAUCUAGAGAAACUUGUUAGUGACAGAACAGGGAUGCUGGAGCAAGCAACCCUCAGAGCUGAUAAGCUACUCUCUCAACUUCUACCCAAAUUCGUGGCCAAUGAGCUUAAAAACGGACGUCCUGUUCCUCCGAAAAUGUAUUCCUCUGCAACGGUACUUUUUACGGAUGUUGUCGGAUUCACGACGCUGUGCAGCACGUCCACGCCCAUUGAGGUUGUCAAUCUGCUCAAUAGUGUAUAUUCUGGAUUUGAUGAAGUCAUCAACAAGCACGACGGUUACAAAGUGGAAACUAUUGGUGACGCUUAUAUGGUUGUCUCUGGUAUCCCUGAAGAAAAUGGAAAACGUCACAUUUCUAACAUUUCUACUAUUUCUCUUGAGAUCAUGGAGGUGUUCCUUACCACCUAUCGUAUCCCGCAUCGCAAAUCCGAAAAAUUGAUUAUUCGUGUCGGCUUUCACAGCGGCACUGUAGCCGCAGCUGUCGUUGGACUGAACGCUCCACGUUAUUGUCUCUUCGGAGACACGGUCAAUAUGGCCUCUCGCAUGGAAUCCACUGGAGAACCAGAAAAGAUACAGAUUUCACAAGCGUCAAAAGAUCUUCUCGAUAACGAAUAUCCAGAGUUUAUAACAAUAAAACGAGGAGAUUUUGACAUAAAGGGCAAAGGAACAUGCUCCACAUAUUGGCUUCUUCGUAAAGACCGUUCAUGUUUCACUGAUUAA